UACUUAGUCGACAAGUACAAACGAAGACGACGAAGAAGACAAGAAACUACAAUCUCAAGAAAAACCAAAAAAAUCACAGCUACUUUUAAAAAUUAUGGAUGGAGAAAAUCGGAUCAUAUUAAAUGUGGGCGGAAUAAGAUACGAAACGUACAAAGCAACACUGAAGAAAAUCCCGGCAACACGAUUAUCUCGACUAACAGAAGCCUUAGCGAACUAUGAUCCUGUCCUCAAUGAAUACUUUUUCGAUCGCCAUCCAGGUGUGUUUGCGCAGAUAUUGAAUUACUACAGAACGGGCAAACUUCAUUAUCCAACGGAUGUUUGUGGACCAUUGUUCGAAGAAGAGUUGGAAUUUUGGGGGCUCGAUUCAAAUCAAGUAGAGCCCUGUUGUUGGUCAACGUACAGCAUUCAUCGUGACACACAGAGCACUUUAGCAAUUUUAGAUAAACUCGAGUUGGAUGAAGAGCAACCGUCAGAAGAAGCAAUUGCACGAUUGUUUGGCUUUGAAGAGGCUCUUCUCAAUGGCGAACUCACUUGUUGGCAACGGAAUAAGCCGAAAAUUUGGGCGUUAUUUGACGAACCUUCCAGUUCGACGGGAGCCAAGAUUGUUGCUGGCAUUUCAGUCUUCUUUAUUUGUAUCUCUGUGAUAUCGUUUUGUUUGAAGACACAUCCGGGACUUCGUGUUGAAUUGCCGCCCUUAUUGAAUGUCACGUCAAACAUGACAGGUUCUUCGUUUGAGAACGUUACAGUAGAUGAGUUGCUUGACAGUACGGCGCCCAUCAUUGCGACAGUUACAACAGCAUCAACGACAACUUCUACGACAACGCCUGUCACAACUUCGACAGAAACAACAGCGAGUCCUACCAUGCGAGGUCCCGUUUUUCGAGGAAGUCGCUUUGGAACGCCGUUAUCGCAAUCGCAUGCAUUAUGGAAGAACGAUCGACGACAAGUUAUGGAUAAUUGGCAAGAAACUUACGGUCAACCACACGAAGCCUUUUUCUACGUAGAAUUAGUGUGUAAUAUAUGGUUUAUUAUUGAAUUAACUGUAAGAUUUGUGGUUUCACCAAAUUGGUGGCAUUUUAUCAAAUCUCCCGUAAACCUAAUCGAUUUAGUAGCAACAUUGAGUUUUUAUACCGACGUUUGUCAAAAACUCGGCGAACAAACGGGAUUGUUAGAAGCUUUUUCCAUUGUUCGUAUCCUGCGAUUGUUCAAAUUGACACGACAUUCGCCCGGAUUGCGAAUUCUCAUUCACACGUUCAAAGCUUCGGCGCGCGAGUUGACGCUUCUCGUGUUUUUCCUCGUUUUAGGUAUCGUAGUUUUUGCCAGCUUAGUUUAUUACGCCGAAAAAUUACAGGAUAAUCCAGAUAAUCAAUUCAAAAGUAUACCGCUCGGAUUGUGGUGGGCUAUAGUAACAAUGACAACAGUUGGAUACGGAGAUAUGGCGCCCAAAACUUAUGUCGGCAUGUUUGUGGGCGCGCUUUGUGCACUCGCAGGCGUGUUAACGAUCGCAUUGCCAGUUCCCGUUAUCGUUAGCAACUUUUCAAUGUUCUAUUCGCACACGCAAGCUCGUUCAAAAUUGCCUAAAAAACGCAGGAGAGUUUUGCCUGUCGAGCAACCGAGAAGGAAGCGAGAAAACGGCGCGGAACAUCGUCGAACGAACGCUAUGAAACAUCAACAUCACACGACACAUCCCGCCAUCUUUAAGGAUGCUUUUGGAAGUGCAAAAAUCGGUGACUUUAUUAAUGUUCCUCAAAUGAAUUCGCUUCAACCGAGAUCAGCGACAACCGGUGCAAAUAUACUAUUGCCGUUGCAGCCGAAAUUAUUAAUGCCUUUAGAACACAAAGAUCCGCCAUCAAGCAUUGCGCUACAAAAUAUAACGGCGCCAUUAGAGCCAAAAGUGACACUACAAAAAGAUAAUGCUGCUGAUAAGGUAAAUGAUGAGACGCCCGGUGAAUGA